AAAAGAAAAGAAAGGAAAAAGGUUUUCCAUUCACUUCCUCACCCUUUCUUUCUCAGUUUUUACCUUAGCUUGGGGAGAGUUCUUAGGGUUUUGGAAGGGGUUUUUGGAAGGAAUUCGAUCGCCAUGGCUGAGCAUCACGAGAAGAAGGAGGAGUCGCUGCUUGAUAAGAUAGCGGACAAGAUCCACGGUGGCGAUGGUUCUUCCUCGUCGUCGUCCGACUCCGAUCACGACGACCACCCCAAGAAGUCGUCCUCACCGGCUUCUCCCUCGUCGAUGAAGUCCAAAAUUAAACGUCUCUUUGGCCGCGAGCAGCCGGUGCACAAGGUUCUCGGUGGUGGCAAACCUGCGGAUGUUUUCCUGUGGAGGAACAAGAAGAUCUCUGGAGGAGUGCUUGGCGGAGCAACUGCUGCGUGGGUGCUCUUUGAAUUGCUCGAGUACCACCUUCUCACUCUGGUCUGCCAUGCCCUGAUCCUUGCACUCGCUGUUUUGUUUCUGUGGUCCAAUGCCUCCGCCUUCAUCAACAAAACCCCUCCACGAAUUCCACAGGUCCAUCUCCCUGAAGACCCAGUUCUGCAAUUCGCUGCUGCACUUAGGAAUGAGAUCAAUCGUGGCUUGGCUACCCUUCGUGAGGUUGCAUCCGGGAGGGAUCUGAAGAAGUUCCUUGCUAUAAUUGCUGGUUUGUGGGUCUUGUCUAUCGUGGGAAGCUGGUGCAACUUCUUGACUCUGUUCUACAUUGGUAAUGCAAUCUCCACCCAACCAACAGUUUUUGUGCUGCUCCACACAGUGCCAGUUUUCUAUGAGAAGUAUGAAGACAAGGUGGAUGCCUUGGGCGAGAAGGCUUGGAUCGAGAUCAAGAAACAGUGGGCAGUGUUUGAUGCCAAGGUGCUAAGUAAGAUUCCUAAAGGCCCAUUGAAGGACAAGAAGAAGGCUUAAAUGAACAGGUUGGGGCGGUUCUACAUUUGUGGUGCUUAUUCCGUGAGAGUAGUGACACAAGAUUUGUUGGCCUGCAUUUUGUGAAGGGAGUUAUUUGUGGUAAAACUUUGGCCAGUACUAGUGCAUAGAUCAUCAUCCCCCCUGGCUUUUUUCUCCCCCCCGCUUACUUCUGUGGACGUCUAUUUUCAUAUAAGCAGCUUGUAUGGAAAUUCUAAUCUUUGUUUGAUAUUGUAAGUCUCUGCUUGUACAUCGAGGUUCUACUCUCCCGUGGUGUGUUAAGAUCAUGG